AUGUACAAAGAAAAGAAGUAUAUGGAUAAGAGAACUAAGUCGUUCAAAACAAAGCAGAUGCCAUAUCCAAUCCCGGAACGAUCUGAAGCGUUCUGGAAGCACUUGAGAUUCGAGCAACAAAAGAAUCCGUUCCAAAUUGAAGACUAUGUUUUUGAUGAGAAGGAUACGGUUUACAGUAUUCACAAGACCCCAAACGGAAUGUCCUCUGAAAUUCCUGAUCCUCAAAACCGAGACAUCAAAUUAGUGCUUAAAAUGCAUUACAAAUGUAAAUUCAAUCUAUACUUUAGUAGAGAAGAUCCGACGAGGGAUGAAGAAGCAAACAGAAGUUGUAAAUUUUUGAAGGUUCGUGUAUUUACUCUAAACAAAACAAUUAUUUCGAAAAGAUUUCAGAAUGUUAUGACACAAAAAGUUCGUUGUGCACCGUAUGUGGCUAAUGAAAUCGGAUUGAAUUUCAAUUCCCCGAUUCGAACAAGCCGUUUUUUCAGCCAACUUGCCAAAAAUUUCAUCUACGAUGGAAACUCCAUUCUCCGAGUUCCAGAAUCUUUUCACGACCCUGAUCGAUUUGAACAUUCUCUGGAAAUCGCGCCACGCAUUGAAUCUUGGUUCGGAAUCUAUAUCGCUGUUAAAGAACUUUUCGACGGAGACCCGGUUCUCAAUUUUGCCAUUAUUGACAAAUUGUUCUACAACGCUCCACAAAUGUCUCUCCUCGACUACCUGCUUCUGAUUGUGGAUCCGCAAUCUCAUAUGGACGAAGUUCGAAGAAACCAUAAAGAACAGUUGAAUUCGGGAAAUUUGACAAUUAAGCCAGCUAUGUUUCAAAGCAUUGAUCAAUUGCUUGCGAAUUUAAAGUUAAAAGCAGCAUCGGUAUGGAAUCCUAAAAGGUCAGAGUUUGCUGAACGUCAUCUGACAUUUAUCAGAUUGAGCAAGUAUAAUUCCCACGAAGAAAUGAUUCCAGUUCCAAGAGGAAGAGACAGAAAUGCCCCAAUUGACAGAGUUCCAUUGUUUCAAAUUUAUGAGAAGAACCGUAAAUACAUCGAGUUUCCUCGCUUACCAUUGGUGGUGUGUAAGAGCGGUAAUAACGAGUAUUCGGUCCCCAUGGAGUUUCUAGAAGUGUACGAAAAACCACAACGCUACAAAAAUCGAAUCGACUUUGCGAUGCAAGACAAAUUUGUGAAUGCAGCGACACGCGAUCCUCAUAUGUAUAAGAAGGAAGCGCUUGAGAUGUUGAAAGAUCUCGAUUUUUCAUCUGGAUCGCUGAACUUUGUUGAACGGUUUGGAUUCAGUACCGAUCUGAAAAUGAUAGAGUGUGUUGGAAAAGUGCUGAAGGAACCAUCACUCGUCAACAAAGAUAAUCAAAAGAUCAGUAUGACACCUGUGGUUAGAGGAUUCCAAGAGAAAGCGUUGAACGUGGUUCCAGAAAAAGAACUCUGUUGUGCCAUUUUUGUUCUUCGCGAGGACAAAGAGACAGAGCCAUGUUUAGAAGAAGAAGAUGUGAGGAGGUUCUACAAGACGCUCAUCGAUGGUUGUGAAUUCAGAUCUAUUCGAAUCGGAAAACAUCAAAAUAGUCAAGUUCGUUCCUUGUUGCAAGAUCCUGAAAGUGGGAAGUAUGGGUUCUACCCGAACGUGCAGCUCACUGCGGGCGUACGCAACUUUAGAGCUUGUGCUAACGAUGCGAAAGCAAUGUUUGAGAGACUUGCUGACAAGAAUAACAAGAUUCUACUGUUCAUCGUCUUUUCGAAACGUCGUUGGAAUUUCUAUGGUUUCGUGAAACAGUUCUGCGAUGUUGAACUUGGUGUAGCCAGUCAACAUGUUACUGCCCACGUCGCGAAAAGAGCUCUACAGGAUAUGUCUUCUCAUAAACCUUCUAAACGAAUUUUCUAUCAAAUCGCUUUAAAGAUCAAUGGAAAACUAGGAGGUGUGAAUCAAGAACUCGAUUGGUCAGAAAAUGCAGAGAUGACAGUUGAAGAAAAAGAAAAGAGGAAGAAUAUGCCACUCCGAAUGUAUGUUGGGAUUGAUGUCACUCAUCCGACGAAUGGAAGUGGAAUCGACUACUCGAUAGCUGCUAUUGUGGCAAGUAUGAAUCCAGGAGGAACCGUUUAUCGUAAUAUGAUUGUAACUCAAGAAGAGAAUCGUCCAGGUGAACGUCCGGUAGCUCAUGGAAGGGAGAGAACUGAUAUCUUGGAAGGGAAAUUCGUGAAGCUUUUGAGAAUCUUUGCAGAGGCAACAAUAGUUUUGUUUCUAUUUGUUUUACAGAACAACGAAAACCGUAUUCCCUCACAUAUUGUUGUUUAUCGAGACGGUGUGAGCGACUCAGAAAUGCUGCGUGUCAGUCAUGAUGAAUUAAGGUCAUUGAAAGCGGAAGUUGAACGAUUCCUGAAGGAGCGAGGCAAGAAUGAGCAAAUUCCGGAGUACACCUUCAUCGUUCUACAAAAGAGACACAAAACUCGGCUUUUCCGCAAGAUUGAAAAUGAGCGGCCGAAAGAUGAGGAAGCAGCGAAACGAUGGGACGAAGAGCUGAAGGCUAGCCAAAACACGGGUUUUGUGAAUCCUACUUCUGGGACAACUGUAGAUAGAACUAUAGUUUCCAAGUAUAAGUUCGACUUCUUCCUUUCGUCUCAUCACGGUGCGCUUGGAACAUCGCGACCUGGUUAUUACACAGUUAUGCAUGACGACAAGAAAAUGACAAAGGAUGAAUUAUAUGUGAGUUCGGAGAGAAAAAUAGUUUUCACCGAACUAUUUCAGAAAAUGACCUACGAAUUGUCAUUCCUCUCGGCUAGAUGCCGUAAACCAAUUUCUCUACCAACACCGGUUCACUACGCUCAUCUCUCUUGUGAGAAGGCGAAGGAGCUAUAUCGCUGUUUCAAGAAUGACGGUUUUGCACACUUUCCACGACAAGCGAGAAGGGAAGAUAUCGAACAAUACCUGCAAACCAAUAUCCAGUAUCCUGGGAUGUCCUUUGCCUAG